AUGCAUCUGGAGCAUAUCGAGAAGGACAACAAUGUCUCAGUCUUGGAGGAUGACAAGCUCGGAUUCUGGGGCACCGCAAGGCAAAACCCAAUCGCCAUGAUGUGGUGCACAUACAUGCUCUUCACUUGCAUCAUGUGGGGCUACGACGGACUCGCAGCUGGCAUUGUCAUAACUCUCCCACAGUUCAGGCAGUCAUACGGGGUCCCUUUCAUGGGUCAAUAUGUCGUCCUUGCGAAGUGGCAACUUGCUUUCACCGGUGGUACCGCUGCCGGCUCUCUCCUCGGUGGUCUUGGAGCUGGUAUGUCCACUAAAUAUGUGGGAGAGCGUAUCCCGCUCGGCUGUGCCUUUGUCAUAAGUAUCGGCGGUGUUUGUGCUCAGUGGUUCUCAGACGGCGAUAACGCCCUCUUCCUCGCCGGAAAGUUACUCACCGGUGUGCCUUUAGGAGUUUUCCUCACCGUCGCGCCACUUUACUGCUCUGAAAUCGCUCCUCUAGCUACCAGAGGAGCUGUCACAGCUGGUGUCAGCUUCUGCAUCUCUCUCGGGCAACUGCUAGCUUAUGGUGUCAUGCGUCAGACGCAGACAAUCAUGGGUCCCAACUCUUACCGAAUCAUAUUCGCGGUCCAGUGGGGCUUCAGCGCCAUUUUGUUCGUGUUGCUUCCAUUCCUACCAGAGUCACCAAUUAGGUUGCUAGCACGCGGCAAAGUCGAUUCUGCGAAGAACAGCAUCCGCCGCCUCUAUCCCGUCGAUGAAGAAGGAGUCCAAGCACAAAUCGACGCCAUCCAAGCAAGACUCGCUGGAGACACCGAAGCCGCGGCUCAUGCUGGAAGCUUCAAGGAUUGCUUUAUCGGCACCAAUCUUCUAAGGACGCUCUCCGCAAUGGGCGUCUUCUUCAUCCAAAAUUGGUCAGGAGUUGCUUGGGUCCUCGGAUAUAUGGGAUACUUCAUGCAAUUGGGUGGACUGAAGGGUACGACAGUAUUCAACCUCACUGUUGCCAUUGCCGGAAUCAUGUGCAUCGGCAAUUUGGCGGGAGCAUUCAUGCUCCAGAUUGUCGGCCGACGCUCCACAAUCACUAAUGGUACAAUUGUAGGCUUAUACACAAUGACUGUGUGUAUGUUGAUCAUAGCCGUCUUGUCCAUCUUCACCUCAAAGGGACAAUCAGUCGUGUUGUCUCAGGUUGCCUUCAUGGCUAUCUGGGCGUUUGCAUAUCAAGUAUCGAUCGGAUCUGCUGGAUUUGCUAUAGCCUCAGAGAUCCCAACAUCAUCGCUUCGUGGUGUCACUCAGUCUCUAUGCACCAUCACCAAUGGUCUCAACAGCUGCCUCUGGCAGUUCGUUCUUCCCUAUAUCGUCAACCCAGACGAGGCCGAUUGGGGUGGUAAAGUUGCUUUUGUGUUCUUCGGGGCUUUGAUAGCGCUAUCUGUAGCGGCAUACUUUUUCACUCCCGAGACCAAGGGACGAACCUUUGAGGAGAUUGAUAAGUUGUAUGCGCUUCGCAUUCCCCCGAGACACUUUUCCAGAACAGUUGUAAACCAGGGUGGGCGAUAG